ACAUCAAUUUGUGAGCUACGUGGCUUGGUUGGCCUCCACACUCGUCGUAUGGUUUCUGUGCAUUCACUGCAUGCGCAUAAGAAGAAAAAAAAAAAGAAACGCCAAUUAUUGAUACUCUUUGCCUGAAACCCAAAAGAAAAAUAGGUUCGAAAAUGGCAGAGGAAACUCCAAGGUAUGUCUCAAAUCUUCUCUUACUUCUUGAUUUAGUCUGUAAUUUUAGUGAGUUUGGUUCUGAUUUUCUCAGAUUUUUUAAUGGUUUUUGUAGAUAUGCUGUAGUUACUGGAGCAAACAGAGGGAUUGGAUUUGAGAUAUGCAGACAAUUAGCUAGUCAGGGGAUUAGAGUUGUUUUGACAUCUAGAGAUGAGAAAAGAGGACUUGAAGCUGUUGAGACACUGAAGAAAGAGCUUCAGAUUUCUGAUCAAAGCCUUGUUUUUCAUCAGCUUGAUGUCUCUGAUCCUGCUAGUAGCACAUCUCUUGCUGAGUUUGUGAAAACCCUAUUUGGGAAACUCGAUAUCUUGGUCAAUAAUGCAGGGGUUGGUGGUAUAAUCACUGAUGCUGAUGCUCUAAGAGCUGGGGCAGGGAAAGAAGGUUUCAAGUGGGAUGAAAUCAUCACGGAGACUUAUGAGUUAGCUGAAGAAUGCAUCAAGAUUAACUAUUAUGGACCAAAGAGAAUGUGUGAGGCGUUUAUUCCUCUUUUGAAGUUAUCUGAUUCACCAAGAAUCGUCAAUGUAUCAUCCUCCAUGGGUCUACUAAAGAAUGUACUAAACGAAUGGGCAAAAGGAAUCCUGAGCGAUGCAGAGAAUCUCACGGAUGAAAGAAUCGACCAAGUGAUCAACCAACUUCUCAAUGAUUUCAAAGAAGGUACAGUUAAGGAAAAAAAUUGGGCUAAAUUUAUGUCAGCUUAUGUGGUUUCGAAGGCCAGUUUGAAUGGUUACACGAGGAUCUUGGCGAAGAAACAUCCCGAGUUUCGCGUAAACGCGGUGUGUCCUGGAUUUGUUAAGACAGAUAUGAACUUCAAGACUGGAGUUUUGUCUGUGGAAGAAGGAGCAUCAAGUCCUGUGAGGUUGGCUUUGCUUCCGCAUCAAGAAACUCCUUCUGGUUGUUUCUUUAGCCGCAAGCAAGUUUCAGAAUUCUGAAUUUUCUGUGUGAGAAUUAUAGUUUGAAUGUAGAACAUAAACUCUUACAUAAACAAAAACUUUAUAGUGUUUGCUUUGCUCUGCCGCUGAGUGUGUUGAGUGUUACAAAACCUUUCAAAUUCAAUUAUGCAGACGUUUUCGCUUUUGUAA